AAAGUCUGCCCAAUAACACGUGACAACGCUUAGUUAGGUCUGCUGCCCGUCACCUCGUGAAAAAGUUGCGUUUACCCCGUGCAUUUCGGCAUCUUUUUGUACCCAAAGAAAGCAUCAUCAUGAGUGAAGCAAAGCCUGGUCUUGCUCGGGAUGGGACAAUGCAAGUAACUGCUAAGGAGGGGAUAGAUUACCUGAAGUCAGAGGGGAAAAAUAGACUCCUGAAGGCUCAAGGCCUGGCUGAAGACAAACCAGGUGUGCCCCGUGACAAUACAAUGGUGAAUACUGCGAAGGAAGCUGAUCGCAUACUGGAUGGCAAUAAACCUGAUGCUGAUGCACAGACCAGAGGUCAACAGAAACAAAUUGAUGACUUGAAGAAGGAAGCUGAACCACCUGCCAAGAAGGCAAAGCUUGCUAAAGAUGGUACAAUGGCCGUUACUGCAAAGGAGGGGAAAGCUCUUUUGUCUGGAGAAAAACUCGGAGAUACAAGGCAAGAAACAUCAAACCAAAAAGGCAAGGCGAAGACACCAUUGAAAAAAAACUCAACAAUUGCAAAAACCAUGGAAGAAGCCAAGUAUGUCCUUGAUGGAGAGGUGGAUGUGAAUUCUGGACGCAAGACCCGCUCUCAGAGCCGGGGAGUGACUCCGAAACCCCCCAUGAAGAAAGCUGGCACUAUGCAGAACACAGCUAAAGAAGGAAAAGAGUUCCUCAAGAGAGGGAAGGGAGGCAAGAAAGGUGGAAAAGCUGCAGAGGCUGAUGAUGAUGAUGAUGAUGCAGAGGAAGAGGAGGCCUCGUAAUUGCUCAUCACCUCAAUGUUCAUGUUGAACAGGGCAGUGGGAAAUGGAUUCUGAUAUUCUUUCUUGGACUUUUUUUCUUGGAACUGGAGACUUAGCUGUGGGGAAUGAAACCUAGCUUCAAGGAUGUGUUUUAAGAAAGCAGGCCGAGAAUGUGUAUUUGGAAUCCAGUUUUCACUUCUGUCACUUCAGCGUCACAUGUUAUUUGUUCUUGUUAACUACUUAAAUGUUGGGAUUUUCUCCAUAAUGCUCAUGCAUACAUUGACUUAUUGGAUAAAAAAAACAUCAACAACAAAAAAACCUCACUUUAAUAUUAAAAGUGAAAAGGGAAAAUAUCAUGAGCGCAGUGCAUGAUCCUUUGAGAAAGGUUUCACACAUGGCUUGGUUGGCUUGAAGUAGUGUGGUUUGACUGUGUGACUCGGACAUUUCGAAUGUGAUUUUUGUGCCAUUUUUGUCUGUGAAGAUUGAAGUAGUGGGUACCUUCAGGUAUGUGUUGUGAUAGAUCUAAAGAAAUAAAUGUGCCAUGAUCACUGCCGAAAUAGUCACUGCUGUAUUCAUUAUAACUCCUCUGUCUUAUGGAACAUACUGUUGCUAAACAAAAAUUUGAAAUAUUUGUGUGUUCGUUCACCCUGGAUACCGAAGAUGUAUGAUUUCUUGUAAAGUGAGUAAAUUGGGAGUAUAGUCUAAAAUAAAAUAUAUGACAAAGACAUAAGACGUUGUGGAUCUUUGUCAACAUAUAAGGACGAUGAAGAAGAGCUUCUUUCCCUUAUACUUAAGGUCAGCGAUGGAAAAAUAUUGUAAUGCAAUCUUGUGAUUAUUUCCCAGCUUGCAACCAGAUAACAGCAAGUCAUGUAUGACUUAUUGCAGGGUAGGCAUUAUGAGAGAUCCCCGUUUAAGUUUGUGCUCAUGUUCAUUACAUGUUUUUGUACACAUAGUCAUUGUGUGUUUGAAGUGUUGUUCCCUUCAGUAUAUUUUUAUGUAAUCUCUAAAAUAGCAGUGAGAAUGUGCACUGCAUAGUAGUGGUAAUACAUCUAAGCACUGACAGUACGUGGGUCCAGAGUGGGAGGGUUCUAUCCUCAGAGUUAAGUUUUUGAUGGUAUAACUUUUUAACUCUGGGCCUUUUAGUACUUGUACUGUCAGUGUGAAUGUUAAUUCAGACCAGUUGUAUUCAUGUUUAAGUUGCAAUUGCUGGUGACCAAGAUUUUUAACCAUAGCAAGUGCAAAGAGGUUCUGUAGUGUUUACUUGUGGUAGUUGGUUGAUCUUGAUAUCCUUGGUUCAUUGUAGAUAUCAUUUUCAUAACUUACCUCCUGCCUAUUGUCCAUUGCACUCAAAAAUAUAUGAUUUGUUGGAUACUUUUGUCAACUGAUAAAUUUAUAGCUCAUCUUUCAAGAACAAGUUGUAUGUGACUGAAAACGUUAUGUUGGAAUUUUGUUUUGCUUUUUAGUGCAGUUUUCCCUUGUUUAGAAAUUAAUUUUGUAUCCAAGACAAGAUUUCAUUCAUGUAUUGGCUCCUCAGUACUGUUACUAUGCACAAUGUUACAGUUAUUCUGUAGAGUCACUUAACUGUUCUGGCCAACACCAUAUUAUUUACUUUAGUAUGGUGGUGUAUUUUAAAUUCCUUUUCGUUCAGCUUUUGUAUGCCAUUGUGUUGCAUCCUUUCUAGAAUUCCUCUCACUCUCUUGUUCCUGUACCUGGAGAAGUGCUGACUCGUUAUCUACUACCCAGCUUGGCAUCUUCUAGUACUCCACCAAAUGUAGGUGUUGUGUUUUUGCAACCAAAUUGUGUGGAUAGCACCCAAAAAACUAACAAGACUGUAUUUAGAGCCUCUUGUAUUCUCCUACAAGCAGGCUGAGCAACUUGUCUGUUCUUUGGUCAACAUUUUUAGUUUCUUCUUGUCUGGGGGGGGGGGGGGGGUGACUAGUAAACUAGGAUCCAAUGAGAGAAGUGAGACUAAAAUUGAAAUGUUGCAAAGAGGAAAAAAAGAGAAAAUGAACCGUAGGCUCAUGUUUUUGCAUCGUCUUUGUGAUGGCGUCUGGGUUCUCUUUUAUGCAUGCAUUCUAGAACAUAUGGGAUGCUAGACGGGUGGCAAAUUUUCAGUUCUAAAUUCUUGUCUUAUUUUAUUUUAAAAACCAAUCACUCAUCUAUGAUUGUGUGGAAUGGACAGUUACCUUUUACUGUGUCUGCUGCCUUACUAUAGGGCAUUUAAAUUCAAGUUUAGCAAAUUCAAAUGGACUUUUUUGUAGUUUUAGUUUUUUUGUUGCGCAUAAUGUCAGUUUUUAGUCUUAAAAUAGUACAUGUUUUAAUUUAGCUUUUUUGAUAACAACUUAUGGACUCUUUGUCAAGAGCUUUCCUUGACACAGUCCUGUCAUCUGCACAUGUUCGCAUGUUGAUAUUAUUAAAGAAGUGGUCCUGGUAUUUUUCGUCUUGAAUGAAAUACAAAAUUUCUGCCAUGACCAUGUUGCGUCAGAUGAACCUGAAAUGAGAGGAUCAGAGCAAUAACAAAAUUUAUUGAACUUACAGGCCUUAUUCUGAGAUAGGGCAUCCAGUAGUGUAGUUAUUGAUUACCAGCUGAAAAUGCUGGGUGUCAGUGUCCUAUAAUAUGACAGUGGUUUUCUAAAGUGUGCUUUGUACAAUUUUGUUCCCAGUCUGUUCCUUUCGUUUUCUGUAAUUCCAAGAGUGCUUCAUUGUGAGAAAGGCAGCAUCAUCUUCCAAUAAAACAUAGAUUCAAUUAUCCCCCCUGUCCCCCAAGUCAUGAUUGUGACUCAUUUAUCAGUAGUGCUCACUUCACAUUUUGUAUUCAGACCAUCUUCUGCAGCCAUUUGCUGCACUGUGAACAUGGCAUUUUACAAGUUAUUAUUGUGUUCUAUUGUGACUGACAGCUAGAAAGUUUAAGAAAGAUUUAAAAUCCAUUAAUAAAUGAUUUUCAAAGUUUCAUUCAUUGCUAAAAUACUGUAUGCCUGCGUUAUUUUAAGUAAUACUGUGUUGUGAAAUGUAAGUUAAUGUUGCCGGACUAAAGUCCAAAUUGACUUUAUUUUAAAAAGAGAUAAUGGCUAAAAUAUUACAACAUAAGUAUUUAUCGUAGUAGAUAUUUGACAAGGAUACAUAAUACAUGUAUUAAGAAGAUAUAAUAUAUAAUAAGCUAUGAUCCCCACAGAGCUCCCUUGUUUCGUUAUCUUUGAGUUACAUUUGGUCUAUUGUACUGUAGAUUCGAAACUGGAAAUUGAUUAGUGGGCUUUUUCAUAUUCUCAUGUUGGUUUGUCUUUGCAUAUAACAUUAUCUAUGAAUCAAUCAUUAUUGUUAAACACCCCUUUUUACACAAACAGCAAUCAUGUAUUAAUCAGUGUGUUUCAAAAGAAAUAUAAUUCUGUUCAGUGAUUUAUCAACAUAUUUCAAACACAUUUUUAGAUUAUCAUCACCCAGUGAUAGUUAAUCAAGUUGACGCUUUCAUCUCAGUAUUUAUUUCAGCACACGCUUGUGAUUUUUACCUUAUUUUUAGCAAGUUUUCAUUGUCCGUUACAUAAAUGUCAUUCUUUCAUCCAAAUUUUAAUUUUGAUUUUUAAUCUUUCCUUGUGUCAUUUUUCUUGCUUUCAUAAAUAAAUGAAAUGUUGUAUAAUG